AAAACUCUUAUAACAACGAAAGAAAACGGAUCCGAAACCCGAAAGGAUCUUUUAGCGACAAAAAAACCCAUCAAUUUCCUUCUUCAAUGAUCUGUCGGUAGUCGGCUGUCAAUCUUCAUCCCCUUUAGCAGAUAUUUUGAUCUCUCUCUGGUUUCUCAGGUUAGGGUUCUGAUAAUUCAGGAGGUGACGUGGCUCAAUGGCAAUGAACGAGAGGAAGACGAUCGACCUUGAACAGGGAUGGGAAUUUAUGCAAAAAGGAAUCACAAAGCUAAAGAACAUUCUUGAAGGCUUGCCGGAGCCUCAGUUUAGCUCAGAGGAUUAUAUGAUGCUUUACACAACAAUUUACAAUAUGUGUACCCAAAAGCCUCCUCACGACUAUUCCCAACAGUUGUAUGAAAAAUAUCGAGAAUCUUUCGAAGAUUACAUCACAUCAUCGGUACUUCCAUCUUUACGUGAAAAGCAUGAUGAAUUUAUGUUGAGAGAGCUGGUGAAAAGGUGGACUAACCAUAAAGUUAUGGUUAGAUGGCUUUCACGGUUCUUCCAUUACCUUGAUCGCUACUUUAUUGCUCGGAGGUCACUGCCUCCCCUUAGUGAAGUUGGACUCACAUGUUUCCAAGAACUGGUCUACCAAGAGCUAAAUGCAAAAGUGAGGGAUGCAGUAAUUUCUCUGAUUGAUCAAGAACGCGAGGGUGAGCAGAUCGAUCGAGCUUUGUUGAAGAAUGUUUUAGAUAUAUUUGUUGAAAUUGGAAUGGGGCAAAUGGAUUUUUAUGAGAAUGACUUUGAGGCUACUAUGCUGAAAGAUACAGCUGCCUAUUAUUCACGGAAAGCUGCAAAUUGGAUUGUAGAUGAUUCUUGUCCAGAUUAUAUGUUAAAAGCUGAGGAGUGUUUAAAACGAGAGAAAGAUAGGGUCUCCAAUUACUUGCAUUCUAGUAGUGAGCCAAAACUACUUGAGAAAGUUCAACAUGAAUUGCUCUCUGUCUGGGCAAACCGACUGCUUGAUAAAGAGCACUCUGGAUGCCAUGCAUUGCUCAGGGAUGACAAGGUGGAGGAUUUGUCAAGAAUGUUUAGACUCUUUUCGAAAAUUCCUCGAGGGUUAGAUCCCGUGUCAAGCAUCUUCAAACAGCAUGUUACUGCUGAAGGCACAGCAUUGGUCAAACAGGCCGAGGAUGCUGCAAGCACCAAAAAGGCAGAUAAAAGGGAUGUAGUUGGACUGCAAGAGCAGGUUUUUGUGAGGAAAGUGAUUGAGCUGCAUGACAAAUACCUAGCAUACGUGAAUGAUUGUUUUCAAAAUCACACGCUCUUUCACAAGGCUCUCAAAGAGGCUUUUGAAGUUUUUUGCAACAAGGGUGUUGCCGGAAGCUCAAGUGCAGAGCUACUUGCCACCUUUUGUGAUAAUAUUCUCAAGAAAGGGGGAAGUGAGAAGUUGAGCGAUGAAGCUAUCGAAGAAACACUUGAAAAGGUAGUGAAGCUACUUGCUUAUAUUAGUGACAAGGACUUGUUUGCGGAAUUUUACAGGAAAAAGCUUGCUCGGAGGCUUCUUUUUGACAAGAGUGCUAAUGAUGACCAUGAGAGAAGUAUAUUGACAAAGCUGAAACAGCAGUGUGGCGGCCAGUUCACCUCCAAGAUGGAGGGAAUGGUGACAGACUUGACAUUGGCUAGGGAAAACCAGGCAAAUUUUGAGGAGUACUUGAACAAUAAUCCAAAUGCAAAUCCGGGGAUCGAUUUGACCGUAACUGUUUUGACUACCGGCUUCUGGCCAAGUUACAAGUCUUUUGAUCUCAACCUUCCCGCUGAGAUGAUUAAGUGUGUUGAAGUUUUCAGGGACUUCUAUCAGACAAAAACCAAACACAGGAAACUUACUUGGAUAUAUUCCUUGGGUACUUGUAACCUUAUUGGGAAGUUUGAACCAAAAACGAUGGAGUUGAUUGUCACGACGUAUCAGGCGUCGGCCUUACUUCUGUUCAAUUCCUCUGAUAGACUGAGCUAUUCGGAGAUCAUGACACAGUUGAACUUGACCGAUGACGAUGUUGUCAGACUUCUGCAUUCGUUGUCAUGUGCUAAGUAUAAAAUUCUGAACAAGGAACCAAGCACAAAAACCAUCACUCCCACUGAUCAUUUUGAGUUCAACUCCAAGUUUACUGACAAAAUGAGGAGGAUCAAGAUCCCUCUCCCCCCUGUGGAUGAGAAGAAGAAAGUAAUUGAAGAUGUUGACAAAGAUAGACGGUAUGCCAUUGAUGCCUCAAUUGUGCGCAUCAUGAAGAGUCGGAAAGUUCUAGGUCACCAGCAGUUGGUUAUGGAGUGUGUCGAGCAGCUAGGUCGCAUGUUCAAGCCCGAUUUCAAGGCGAUCAAGAAGCGAAUCGAGGACCUAAUUACUCGAGACUAUCUCGAGAGAGACAAAGAUAACCCCAAUAUGUUCAAGUACUUGGCGUGAUGCGGGAAAUAGUAAUUAUCCUGAUGAAGCGGUGACCAUUUCGAUGCUGCAAAUAGCUAGAAACUGCUAGACGAGGCCGUUUUGCAGUGAAUGUGGCAUAUAAGCAUAAUAAGAUGGUAUCUGAUGAGACCAGGACCUGAGAUGCUUGUACAGUAAGAGCCAGGUUUGGUCAAGUUGUAAAAUUCUGAAACCAACUGAGGAAAAUUUGUUUAUCAAUCCCAUAAUACGGUCCGGUGCAGCAGCAGACCAUCUAGUAUCCGGUUUCAUGUUACUGCAAAAAGCACAUUUCAUGACUUCGGUUUGAUGCUGGUUUGUUUUGUUGCCACCAAAAAGGGGAGAAAUGUGACACUUUAAAGCUUCGUUCUGCUUGUAAGUUUGUUGAAUAUUAGGAACGGCCUUUGAGAAUGCAACCAGGAUUUUAUGGCU